AGUUCACCACUAAGAGCUGUCACCAACUACAAGUUACAGCCCUCUCUCUCACAUUACAAAUACGUCUUAUCCCUCAUAUUCUUGUCACACACACCCAAACCAAAACUUCUUUAACACAUACAUCUCUCUUGCUAAACCUACCUUUUGUAAAAUCAUCAAAAUCUUUUUUUCUCUUUCUGAUUCAAUCUUUUCUUUCUUCUAUUAUAAAGAAAGAGUCAAUUACAUAGAAAAAUGUGUGGUGGUGCAAUUCUUGCUGAUCUCAUUCCCCGCCGUGAUCGCUGCGCGUCAUCCACUGACUUAUGGCCAAAUUCUGCAGAUUUUUGGCCAAGUUCUUCAUUUGCUAAGCCAAUUAUGUCCAAUCAAAAUGUUACCGCCACUCCAAAACGAGCUCAACCCCCUACAGGUAAUGAGCAGAUCCAGAAGACCAAGAAGAAGCAAAGGAAGAAUCUUUAUAGGGGAAUCCGACAGCGUCCAUGGGGUAAAUGGGCUGCUGAAAUUCGUGACCCAAGAAAAGGUGUAAGGGUCUGGUUAGGUACUUUUAACACUGCAGAAGAAGCUGCAAGAGCCUAUGAUAAAGAAGCUCGUAAAAUCAGAGGGGAAAACCGUUACAGUACUGCUUACGAAUCCUAUGAUACUUCUUAUAAUCAUGAGUCAAAUAACUGCGAUGGCAGCUUCUGCUCGCUCGAAAAUCAAAACACUGAACCUGUUUUGGAAUAUCCAUUAGCUUAUAAAAAUUCAUCUGGGUCUGUUUAUAAUGGAAGCGAGGGGCAAAAAGCAGAGAACGAAGUGGAGAAACUGACUGAGGAGCUGAUGGCUUAUGAGUCAUUGAUGAAGUUCUAUGAAAUACCAUAUGUUGACGGCCAAUCAGUGGCGGCGACAGUGAAUCCAGCGGGGGAGGCCGUCGUGGGCGGUGGCUCGAUGGAUUUAUGGACUUUCGAUGACGUCAGUCCAACAUUGCCCAUAACUCAAUUGUAACUAAUGCUACUAUUAAUUAAUGUUGUUUUUAAAUUGUUGCAUAUUUUUGAUUUUUCGGUUUAGGAGAAUUGACUUUUUGUAAUCUUGCUCGAUCGUGUAAAACUGUAUUUCUAGUAUGGAGUAGUCCGUUUUGUUUUCUGAUUAUAAUAUUUUUGUCCAAAGCUGGAUUUUUGGCUUCUUUCAUGUAUUUGGUAGG